GCUGGAGCAACUCGAUGGCCUCGGGCGCGGAUGGUCCACUGUCACUUUCCAGGUCGAGGGCCAGCCGCCGCAGACCAUGCACCUCCGCGACGCCUCGCAAGCGUUUGCUGACAUCUACGGCAAUCCGAACAAUGCGGAGGGCUUCAUGCUUCGGCCACGGAUUGACAGCGACCCUGCCACUGGACAGCGGCACGACGUCACUCAUCUGAGCGAGAACGGCCGGAAGAAGGCCCACCCGCUGAUGAUGACCCUUGCUAACGUCUCACAGACGAAGCGAUGGGCCACAUCCGGCCACUGCCUGCUUGGCACGUUCCCCAUCCCGCCCCGCUCAAUGCCAUCGGCGCUCUAUGCGUGGGCGUGCGACUAUCCUGAGAGCGGGAAGAUCAGCGGUACACUGUCGGGCGGGACGGAGAGACCCUGCAGCAUCUGCUAUGCGCAGAAGUCGCCCAACGUCACCCGCACGGUGUCCGACCAGCGCUGGAUUGUGGCGAACCACCGUGCUCUCUCCCCGAAUCCGGAGAAGACCGUGGGAUCAUUCUUCUCCACCUUCCCCUCCGAGACGACGUACUUCGCCACCGGUGCCAACCUGGCGGCAUUCGAGCACCGCGCCGUGCUCCAGGUCCUCGUCUUCAUCGUGGCGGACAAGCUGACGCCGGAUGAGAUGGAGGCACUCCGGCUGUACCUGGAGUGGUACCUCCUUUGCUGCCGUGUGCCAGGGCACACAGAGGGCUCUCUGCUGCAGCUUGAGGGGUUGACCCUCAGGUAGGACCAAUCUUUAUGUCAUAAUC